AUGUCCACAAUCAAUACUACAACUAAAAUGGAUCUUGAAAAUGACUUGUCAGAUUAUAUAUCUUUAAUAUUUAAUCAAAAUCCAUCAACUCCAAUUUCAAAUAUUGAUAAUUUAACAAAUGAUCAAAGUUAUAAAUUAUCAAAUGAAUUAAAUUGGUUAAAUUAUGAUAAUAUAAAUUCAUCACCACAUACCAAUGAUAAAAGAAGAUCAAAUUCAAUUGCAAAUAUUAAUCUUAAUAAAAUAACAAAACCACAAUUAUCAAAACCAAAAUCAAAUUCAAUUUCAAUAAGUCAAUUAUCAAAUUAUUUAACCAAGGAUCAAACAAAUCCAAUUAAUGAUGAUUUUGAUUAUGUUGCUCAUAUAAAGAAGAUUUCACAGGAUGAAAUUUUCCAAUCAUUAAAUAAUUCUCAAGGUAUUUCAUCAAAUUCAAAUUCUUUAUCACCAAUACAAAAUAAUUCAACAACAAAUUCAUUAAAUGAUUCAACUCGAUUGAAUCCAUCAACUUCAAAUUCAAAUCAAAUUAAUUCCAAACCACAACCCCAACCACAACCGCCAACUAAAAAAGACUCAAAUAAAAACAUUACAUGUUCAAAUUGUCAAACUAAAACAACUCCAUUAUGGAGAAAAUCUUCAAAUGGUGAUAUCUUGUGUAAUGCAUGUGGACUUUUUUAUAAAUUACAUGGAGUUAUAAGACCAAUAAAUAAAUCAACUUUAAAAAAACCAAAAACAAGAAGACCAAAAACAAAAUCAACAACUCCAACAACAACAGCAUCAUCAUCAUCAACAAAUAAAUUAAAAGAAACUCCUGGUUUUAAUUCAUUUUAUAUAUCUCCUGUAUCAACUAAUAAUACUCCAUCAACUUCUCAACAACAACCAAUUGCAUUAGAUACUUCAACAAUAGCACCAUCAAUGACAAAUCAACAUUCAGAUUAUAAUAUUGAUUUAGACCUAGAUUUAGACCUAGAUCUUGGUUCAAUUAUUGAUUUAAAAUCAAUUGGAUUAGACGAAUUAACUUCUAAUGAAAAAUCAAAUGAUUUAAAUCAUUUAAAUCAUGGAAUUAUUGGUAAAAAUGAUGGAUUGUUUAGUGCUGAUGAAUCAAAUUAUGAAUGGUUAAAAAUGGGUAUUUAA